AUGGGACCCCUUCGAGGACUUCCCUCUCUCCACCAACUUCCCUCCUCCGCCCGCGAAACCACCGCGGAGGCCAACGCCCGUGUCGACUGGAAGGAGACGCCGGAGGCCCAUCUCUUCAAAGUCGAUGUCCCCAAACUGAAGAAGAAGGAAGUUAAGGUUGAGGUGGAGGAUGGCGGCAUUCUGCAGAUCAGUGGCAAGUUCGUGCGCCGGUUUAGGCUGCCGGAGAAUGCGACGGGAGGAAUUGCAGAUGGAGGAGGAGGAAUCUCGACGGGAGGGAGGAAUGUAAAAACGACGUUGGCGGCUGUCCGAACAAUAGCCCGCAACUCCGUUGUAUCGGUGACUCCACCGAGGAGGCAGAACGGCGGUGGUGGAGUGAAUCGGGGUGUUGACGGGAUUUUGGGGAUUUCUCUGUUGGGGAUCUCCGUCGGGCAAGGGAGAUAG